AAAACGCGCUCUUGCAGCGCCCCCCAAGCGGAGAGGACUGGCACUUCCUUUGAUUUUCUGCUUCUCGAUGCGCUGACUCCCUCACUCACUCAGUGUUCGUUGGUUUGUUCGGUUGUCCACUUCUCACCUCCACCAAGAUGUCUGGGCGCGGAAAAGGAGGCAAGGCAAAGGGCAAGAGCAAGACCCGUUCCAGCCGCGCGGGGCUCCAGUUUCCCGUGGGAAGGAUCCACCGACUACUGCGAAAGGGCAACUACGCGGAGCGAGUAGGUGCCGGUGCCCCCGUCUACUUGGCGGCCGUACUCGAGUACCUGGCUGCCGAAGUGCUCGAGCUGGCAGGAAACGCGGCCAGGGACAACAAGAAAACUAGGAUCAUCCCUCGACACCUGCAGCUGGCCAUUCGCAACGACGAAGAGCUCAACAAGCUGCUGUCCGGCGUUACCAUCGCGCAAGGAGGUGUCCUGCCCAACAUCCAGGCCGUCCUCCUUCCCAAGAAGACCGAGAAGAAGGCCUAAACCAUCCCGCGGCAUCCGCUACAGAAAAACGGUCCUUUUCAGGACCACUCAUGACUUGAG